UUGCAAAUCGUAGUUAAAUGUAAACAUCCCCGGCACAAUGUAACGAUUUUGCGCAAUAGCGACAAGCUAAAGAAAUCAUCAAAGCCUGCGCACAGUGCAGUGAGUGCACACGUACCAACCGCUGAUCGGAUGCCGGUCUGUAUGGGAUUCAUUAAUGCUUGAUCGAUCCAAGCUUGGCUUUAGGUAUCAUUAGUAUACUAUCGCGUUGGCCGAGAGUUUUUCUCAACAAAGCACGUACACUAUGAGCGAGCGAAAUGAUUGCUCGCACUGUGCGUAUAUCUGUGUGCGAUCCAUCCAGAAAUUCCCAUCUGCCUAUAAUUUGGCCCUGGCAACCAAUAAACACAGCUCGAACACGGACAGAGACGCUCGUUAUUACCGUACGUUAACCAAACAUUGUGAUUUUCUCAUCACGUUGGCGCUCGCGCGCUGACUCCGGGAGAGUUGAUUUCUUCCUUUCGUCGGCGUUACGUGUACAGAGCAGCCGCGGCCCGCACAAAUUGAGUGUGCAUAGUAAUCAACACCGCAUUUGCUGCUUGUCAAAGCCUAUCAAAAGGUUUCGGCGGAACCGUAUAGACUGCAGUCUGUCAGCAGUCAGAACGUGAUGCUACACACAUCUCGUCCCGCAAUUUUUGGUCCGUGUAUCUACUCGUAUCUGGCAACAAGCAAGCGGCCAACGUGUGUCGCGCUUCCUCCCUGCGUUCCCAUCCUCUCCGUCCCGGCUUCCCGCGGCACCCGUAUAACAAGGCCACAGUGCUGUAAUGUGUAUACCGCAACCCUUCCUUCGCCAAUUGGUUCCAUUAGCAUGCAGCGCGCAGAACGGAUCUACGCUGGAGACACGUUAAAUUGUCUGGCGUGCAACAUGCAGCACGGCGCAGCAUGAUUAUACCAAGUAGAUAUCACGUCGCUAGACAUGGGAAUACCGCGGCACAUUUCACUUUGUAUACCCCGGCCGGCAAACUUAAUAGCCCUUGUUUAGUCAUACUGUCACCGGAAGUAACCAACACGACGGCUCUGCUUUUUUCUCGUGCCUUUUCCAUCAUCCUAACCGAUAUCGCAUCGUAAAAGCGCUUCGAGAAUAUUGGAAACAGUUCCGUCGAAGGUGUACGCACUCCCUUUUGGCCUUCGACCUUUAUGGUCUGAGUGCGCGAUUAAGCCAAUUCACCCGCAUUAAAAUUCCCAUUAUCUUUACACCUCUCAUACACAGAUAUCUCCUCAUCGGGAUCUGCUGUAUAAGCGGAUUGUCGACACCGUAUUAAGCCUGUGGGAACCGCUAUAUAUGGCGAGCUAUGCGGGAAAAACGGUGAAACUGACGUUCAAUAUUAAAAGAGAGUCGGAUGGAAUACCAAUAUAUUUUAAGGCGGAUGGUCAAAGAUUCGAGCAACAGCUGACCAUUAAACUCCAGAGGGAUGAAACGUAUAGAAUUGAUCUCACUGUGCGACCGGCAAUCCCUAUCGAAAUACUCCGGCUGCAAGAUGAGAAUAUCGGCUUGGAAAAGAUAUCCAAGUUUAUUGAUCCUAAUGCGCUCAGCUACACGGGUGUCUGGAAGACCGCUCAUUUUCCUUUAACGGAAAAGAAUAAACGGGAACUGAUUAAGAUUACGGUGGUUAUGAAAGCCAUGCCCAUGUUUUCUGCCAUGAUGCAAUGUAAAUUUUACGAGAAUACCGAUGCGCAACACGCUCGCUGGGGAGAUAAGCUGACCAAUCUGGAAUACGAUGGAGUGGUUACAUCCGAUGGAACGAUCGUCGUACAAAAGCAGCAAAUAAUAUGAAAUAACAUUUUUUAUUGUUUCAUUUGUGAAUUGAACUUGCCGUUUCUUGUCACAGUGUCACUGUCACACUGAACGCUGAUUCCGCUACUCGAAAGUAUUAUAUGUGUUCAAAAUUUUAGAAUUUUAGAAGUAUUUACUGUGAGUCUAAAUGAGAUGCAGCGAAACAAUUAAAUGAAUUUUAUUUACAUUUUUACAGGGUUGUAUACGGAUAUUUCAUUUCCUGAACCGCAUAAUUUAUCUGUGUAUAAGUGCAUGCUUAUCCAGUUGUCAUCUGCUGGCAACGAUUUGACGGAACACGUUAAAU